UGCUGUUCUCAUCUCUCAAUUCAGGAGUUCAUUGGCAAGAAAACUGGAAGCAGAUAAUCCCUGGGAACUACUAUGCAGUCUGGGUUCUGGUAAUACCAGGCACGAUGGCUGCAGUAGCCCAGAAGCACUUUUUGGAAGGGCAGACGUAUUCAGUCCCCCUGAUCCAACCGGACCUGCGCAGGGAGGAGGCUGUUCAGCAGGUGGCAGAUGCCCUUCAGUAUCUACAGAAGGUGUCGGGUGAUAUCUUCAACAGGAUCUCUCAGCGGGUGGAGGCCAGCCGGGCACAGCUUCAGGCAAUCGGUGAGAGGGUCACACUCGCCCAAGCGAAGAUUGAGAAGAUAAAGGGCAGCAAGAAGGCUAUAAAGGUAUUUUCCAGUGCCAAGUAUCCGGCCCCUGAACGGCUGCAGGAGUACAGCUCAAUUUUUGCUGGUGCAGAAGAUCCAGCUAAACAGAAAUGGCCAAGACACAAGAUUCAAAGCAAACACCGAGUGCUGGAUGAGAAAGCUCUGCAGGAGAAGCUCAAGUACUUCCCUGUGUGUGUGAGCACCAAAGUUCACCAGGAGGAUGACGCAGAAGAAGGCCUUGGCAGCCUCCCCAGGAACAUCAGCUCCCUCAGCUCACUGCUGCUCUUCAAUACCACUGAGAACUUGUACAAGAAGUAUGUUUUCCUGGAUCCUCUGGCUGGAGCAGUGACCAAGACCCAUGUGGCUCUGGAAACAGAGACAGAAGAGAAGCUCUUUGAUGCUCCUCUCUCCAUCACUGAAAGGGGACAGCUGGACCGACAGGUGGCUGAAAAUUACUUCUACGUGCCGGAUCUGGGCCAGGUCCCCGAGAUAGAUGUGCCAUCCUACCUGCCAGACCUGCCUGGCAUCGCUGCAGAUCUCAUGUACAGUGCUGACCUGGGCCCCGGCAUCGCUCCGUCCGCCCCGAGCAGCGCCAUUCCGGAGCUGCCCACCUUCAACACUGAGUCAGCAGAGCCUCUGCAACCAGACCUUCAAGGUGCUGAGCUACCGCCGCCUCCUCCACCGCCGCCUCCUCCACCGCCUCCUGUUAUGCCAACUACUGUGCCUCCUCCGCCACCCCUGCCCCAGGCCACAGCCCCCUCGGAGCCAGCCCGGACAGCGAGCGAGGAGAGCAGCCAUGCAGUGCCUGCAGCUUCGGUCCAGGGAGCCCCAAAGGAGGUGGUGAACCCCUCUACUGGGCGUGCCAGUCUCCUGGAGUCCAUCCGCCAGGCCGGUGGCAUUGGGAAGGCCAACCUCCGCAGCGUCAAGGAGAGGAAGCUGGAGAAGAAGAAGCAAAAGGAACAAGAACAAGUGCGAGCUACGGGACAAGGUGGUGAUUUGAUGUCAGACCUCUUCAACAAACUGGUGCUGAGGCGCAAAGGUAUUUCAGGGAAAGGGCCGGGAGCCUCUGGAAAUCCCGAUGCUCCUGGAAGUCCUGCUGGUGCCUUUGCUCGUAUGUCGGACUCAAUACCACCCCUCCCACCCCCACAGCAGCCUGCAGGGGAGGAGGAUGAGGAUGACUGGGAGUCCUAGACGGGGGUCAGUUGAGUGUCAGUGUGAAUCCCAGGACUCUUGAACUCUAAGCACCUUUGAGAGACACUAGCCUGUAGAAGUCCCUCCUGGAGGGAGGCAGUGGGACACCACUGUAUCUUUUUGGAGAAGAGCAGGAGCAAGAGGAGCUUAUAGUUAGCAGUAAGGAGUUUGUCUGCUGUUUUUCACCCCAAAUACUACAUUCCAUCUCCAGUGCUGCUGCUCACGCUGGCACAAUAAAUCCUGCCUUAGCUGGCGGGCAGCGGGGCAGGGUGUGCUCAGAGGAUCAGAACUAGUGUUGCUCCUGAUUUAAAAGGCCCUCAGUCUUUCCUAAUGUGACUGGUGAUGACUGCAAAAGCAUCUCUCGCAGGCACACAGCCCUUGCCUCAUUUGUCUCCGUGCUCAUUGCUUGCUGAAGCUCCUGUUUGCUUGGUUGUCACUAGAAGAGAGAAGGAGAGUGUGUGUGUCUCUUCCUGGGGGUUUAAUUCCUGGUGCCUCUGCACUUGAUGGUUUCUUUCUCUCCCUGGCUUACGGUAAUUCUUUGCCUAUUGCUGUCUGGAAAAAAAGUCAAUAAAUUUGCAGGAAGCAGGUCCUUGCAGCCUUUGCUUUGGUAUAA